CACCGGCGGAUGGACUUGGAGACGGCGACGCAGAACCCACACACUCAGCCACGGCGCAGCGGAUCGCGACGGCACUGAAUCGUCGCCUCGCCGCCUCGCCGCCUCGUCGCCUCGGUCUUGGCAAGCCUCGUUUCGGCAGCUCGCGACUCUUGGCGGCGGCGCCGAGUCGCCUCUCGCGUCGCGGGUAGCCCAGGCGCUGGGGACUGUACUGUACGGUGGUGUCGUGGGCGACUGUAGUUUCGCAUACGAAAGAUCUUCGCCGCAAUCCCAAGCACUGCAGACUCACUACCGCGCAAUAUGCUCUGACACAGCAUCCGCGACUCGUCUCCCUGCGCCAGCCUCGUGGCCCAGCGGACUGUGUACCAGGGGCGUCCAACGGCCGGCGUUGCCUCCUUGCUAAGGUGGUGUAUACUGCACGCCAGAGUUCGAACCUCUUCCUCGUCGACAGGCUUCAAGCCGAGCUCCUUUUGUCUCCCAGUGCGCCCAGGGCGGGGCCGAAGCGGCCCCGGUGCGAUGGAAAGAGGCAGCUUCGCAGCUCCUUCCAUUGUGUGGCGCGACGUGGCGAUAACAGUCUUCAUCAACCCUACAUCCUACUGACCCAUUUCCUUACUCCCCGCCGCUUGUCCUCCAUCAGCUGCCCUAGUACUUCUCACGAUGCUCGACCUCAGCGCCAGCCUUGACGUCCUCGAACCCCUCCUCGGCGCCCCGGCCGCUCUCGUUGUCGUCGCGCACGGCCUUGGCCUCGCUCGAGGUGGUGAAGUGCCGGCCGUCAAUGUGCCAGAUGUAGACUGACCACGCGGCGAUGAUCAAAAAGUUCGGCACAAUGAUCCAGAACGACACGCGCGUGUUCCACCUGUCGGCGAUGGCGGCCUGGCACGGCGGGUAGACGGCGCCGCCGACAAUGCCCAUGAUCACCAGGGACGAGCCGCGGCGCGUGUUGUACCCGAGGUUCUUUGUCGCGAGCGCGAAGAUGAUUGGGAACAUGAUUGAUCUGGAACAUGAUGAGCAUGACCAUUGCGACGCCGGCGGUGCCGUGCAGCGUCGAGAUGAGGAUCCCGACGACCGCGGCGAUGAGGGCAUAAAUGCCGAGCAAGACGGGGGCAGUGACGACAGCGAGCAGCACGACGCCGAAGAAACGGCCGACGGUGAACAGGAUGAGCGCGUACGAGAGCAGCUCGGAGCCGCGGUGGUCCUCGAACCCGGCGUCCGGGCGGCGCUCCUGCGUGUCGUCGGCGACGAGAUCCGCCUCCUCGACCUCGGGGAGCUUGGUGAAGAGGAACAGCAGGGCGACGAUGACGCCGACGAUCGCGACGGCAAGAUACACCCACUGGACAAGUACUUUGCGGCGAUGAACGGGCCUGCGAACUGCGCGACGCCGUUGAACGCCUGCGAGAGCUGCAGGCGGAAGCUCGACACGGACACGGGCGGCAUGACGGAGAUGUACGAGUUGGCCGCGACUUCGAGCGACGCGAGCCCGCUCGCAAUGACGCCGGUGCACACGACAAACCCGCCAAACACCGCGUCCUUGUUGCUGCUGCUCAUGGAGAACUUGGCGCACGGCCAGAACAUGAUCGCCCCGAGCGCGUACAGGCUCAGGCCCAUGAUGAUCGUGAACUUGUAUCCCUUGCGCUUCAUCACCUCGCCGGCCACGGGCGAGAAGCAGAAGUAG